GUGUUAAUGUGAUAUUUUUUUGAUAUUUGUAUGUAAACGUCAGAAUUUCUCAAACAUUAAAAAGUAUUCCAAUAAAUUCAAUUACGUGAAUUACUCAAAAAUAUGACAAAUAUACUUAAGAUGUGAGAUAUUCAUUAUUAUUCUAUCCGGACGUAUCAUCUUACCAUCUUAUUUAUCAUGGCACAAUGCAAACAGAGUCCACAGGAAUUUAUCAAAAAUGUAUUCACUCCUCAAGUUGCAAUUAUGUGCACCCCGAUUGCCGAAAAAAGCUGCCAAAAGAAUAAUUUGGAUUUUAUUGAGCUAUUACAACCAUUCUCCAGAUUGAAUAAUGAUGUGCAUUAUAAAGAUCCUUUGGGGGCAAAUAAUACCAUUCAUAGUUUGAAGAUUACAUUUUUAGAUAUAAAUUGGAGGCCUCCACAAACCCCUUUAGCUAGAAAACUGUUGAAUUCAUCUGUAAGCAAUGCACCAGAAUGUAGGAACAAAAUAUUCCAAAUUGGAGAACAUAUUUUGGAUAUUCCUUCUGGUACUCCAUGGUUUGAAUCCUGGAGAGACACUUUCAUGAGAGUGCAAUAUCCUUCAGAUCAUGAAUUCACCAAACAUUUUCUAGCAUGUAUAUUAGUUGUAAGCUCAUCUGACAAUAAUCCAGUGGAAACAGUUGAGAAACUAGCACAAAGUCUCAAUCAACUUCAUAGUAGAGAGCCUGGGAAGUUGCCUAAAUGGUUCAGUUCUAACAUUUUGAAGUAUUAUGUUAUAGUUCAUGACAAUAUAGAAGGUGAUAUGACUUUAGCUGUGAAAACAUUUGAUUCCAUGAAAAUUUCAUAUGGAACAACAAGCUGCUUUUUAUUGAAAAUUAAUUCAAGAUCCCCAAACCCAGAGAGUUCUGAACAUUUGCCUGACCCUUGGAGUCAAUUUAUCAACUCUCAGAUGGACAUGAAGGAGUGUAAAACCAGUGUAGACAAUAAUUCAAUGAGAACUUCUCUGGAAAUAGGUCAAGAAGCUGAGGAGGUUAGGAAUGUUUCAAAUUAUCACCCAUUAAGUCCUGUCAGUGAAGAUUCAACUUUAACUGAUUAUGUGAAUGAUGAAGACAAACUUUCAAAAAUUCCAAUGAAACCAAAAACUCAUGGGGCUUGUUUAUCAACUGAUGAUGUGGAACAAGUUAAAUUGCUAGUAUAUGAAUUUGCCAAGAGUAGAUUACUGCCAUAUAUAGAAAAACAGAUACUUAUGCUGAAUGAUGUAGUUUCAAAUAAGAAGGGGGUCAGUAAAUCUUUGUUCAGUGCUACAAAAAGAUGGUUCAGCCCAAACAAGCCUGGGGCUAGUUCAGUUGCUGUGAAUAAUCUAAUAUACUCUCCAGAUUCUCCAGAACUACAAAUUAGGAGGCUCGGUGAUUUAUACUUCAUGUUUGGCCACUACUCUUUAGCAUUUCAAGCAUAUCAUUUAGCAAAAAGGGAUUACAAUACUGACCAAGCUUGGCUCUACUAUGCUGGAGCACUGGAAAUGGCUGCUUUAGCAGCUUUUAUGGCGAAUGAGUCUUCCAGGAAAACUUUUGAUUACAUGGAAGAGAGUAUCACAACUUAUCUCAAUACUUGCAAAAUGCCUCAGUUUGCUACAAGAGCCACAAUUUUGAGCUCAGAGUGCCUAAAAUGCCAAGCCAUGUAUGGUGAAGCUGCUCAUCAACUGAUCCGAAUGACUAGCGAAGAGUCUGAUUUACGCUCCGCUCUACUUUUAGAACAAGCGUCAUAUUGUUUCCUUCAAUCGAAAAUGGCCAGAAAAUAUGCUUUUCACAUGGUACUUUCAGGCCAUAGGUUUGCGAAGUCAGGUCAACGAAAACAUUCCCUUAGGUGCUAUAAGCAAGCAUAUCAGAUUUACGAGAAUACAGGGUGGGAUUUGGCGAGCGAUCACAUUCAUUACACGAUCGGGAGGCAGGCGAAUAAUUUGCAGCAUUUUGAUGAGGCUGUGGAUUCUUUCGUGAAGCUGUUGAAAGGGGAGAGUAAGCAGACGCCACUUCAACAAGCUUUGUUUUUGAAGGAAUAUUUGACAAUAUUAGGGAGUAAGCUUAAGACCGAAAGUGAAGCUGAUCAAGUGCAAAACCCCAUAUUGCCAGUACCAGAAUUAGAUGUCAAUUCUUUAAUGUUAUUAGUUGGACCAACAAGACCACUUUCCACGCCAGGUAAAGUUUCGGCUCUUGGUAUCACCUUCAACAGUGCGGCUGACCAAAGCGCUGAAACCAAGUGGAUGAAAUUAGAAGAAAUGCUUGUUCAAGAAGCAGAGGGUGGUCAACCUUCAGUUUUCAAACCAAUUGUGACACUCCAUACCGCGAAUAAGCUAGGGAAGAGCAAACCAGUCGCUAUCAUAAACGAACCCAUACAAAUAUUUUUGAAUUUGUUCAACACCCUGCAAACGCUUUUACACUUGAAAGACAUCUACUUGUUAUGGACGUUCAACACUGGAACAGACAUAGUUUCCAAUGAAGUUAUGGAUAGCAAGAAAGAUGAAUACAUCAAAACGUAUAUUACUAAGGCUGUAGCUAUUGAAGGUGCCUCUAAACAAGAACUGAUUCUUUCAUUGACGCCUCUAAUGACAGGGCACAUGACAAUUAAUGGAUUUUGCUAUACAUUGACUGGUUCUAAUGCUGCUAUGGAAACGAGUUUCAUCAAAGGAAAGCAGUUGAUAUUGGUCCCAGAAUCCACUGCAAAAAAUGUACAAAAUAGUGUAGAUAAUGAAAAUAAAAAAGUAGUUAUAGAAGUGGAUGUGGUUCCACCUGCGCCAUGUCUUCAGGUCGUAUUUUCCGAGAUUCAUCAUGAUUUCUUGGCGAACGAAUUGCAAAAAGUCUCGGUGGAUUUUUGCAACACCAGCUCAGUGCCGCUUCGUAACAUCCUCAUGGCUACGUCGGUUCCACAUUUGCUCAGCAACUGUGAAUUCAAGUGUGAUACUGACCAUUCCGGUACCCACGAUUUGAGUACUCCGGCAGCUAGGGAGAAGUACGUCAGGAAAAAUCAUCUCACGUCAGUGCCUCUACCAGGAAAUGUACUGGAACCCGGGCAAACGAUACCGAUUCAUAUAUGGAUCAGGGCUCCGAACGUGAAGGGACCUACCUCGAUAGAUUUACUUAUUUAUUAUGAAAAUGUAGUCAAGACAAGCAUUCCUAGAUAUAGACUGGUAAGACAUAGUUGGAACCUGAUGGUGCAAGAAUCAAUUAGCGUAGAUGUUUCUACCCAAGCGAGUCAUAAUUCGAAGAUAGUAGAAGAACUAGCCUUAGCAUUGAAAAUAACAAAUUUAAAUAAAGUGCAAAACUCAGUGCUCACUGAAGUGAUGUUGCUCAACGUGGGGUUACUCAGCAAACACUGGACUCUAACUAAAGAUAUGGUAACACCAAAGUACAUCAAUCUCCAUUCCCAACAAUCCGCCCAUAUUCUACUUAAAGCAAGGCGAGCUGUCAAGGAUCAGAGUGAAUAUUCCAGUAUACCGCUUAGUAGAGAUAAAAAGUCGAUACAGAUUCACACAAACGCUUACUUAGCAUUUGCCCGAAAAGCAGAAAAACCCCCUCUUACCAUGUUCGAUGAUUUUGACACAUUCAGUUUCAAACCAAAUAAAGAUGGCCUGUUACUACUGCAGUGGCAAGCAUUGGCAAUAGAAGGCAACAAAAAGCGAAUAGUCAAUGGUCAAACGCAAAUACCUGUUGAAAUUAAUAGAAAGGAAGAAGAUGUAAUACAAAUGGAACAUAUUCUAUCCGACCCUAUUAUCGACAUUAGUGAUAAAGUGAUAUCCGAGGAGGAAGCUGCUCAGAUUGCUCAGAAGCAAGUUUCCUACAACUUGGUGUACCACUCGGUUGUUGAACAUAAUUUCGAAGAGAAGAAGAUGUGUAUAGUGCCUGUAAAGAUUCUUUUACAUAGUAUAGUGGAUCGCAAUGUACUGUCUGUAGUUGUGAAUACUACUGAACCAAGUGUCAAACCUCCUACGAUAAGGAAAUCAAAUCUCUUUUAUACAAAUGCUUCCAGUAACUUUUGUUGGUUGGGUAAUACCAAGAUAUUGAGAACAUUACAUCCGUUGACUACUGACACAGUUCACCUUGCUGUUGUUGUAACUGGACCAGGAACUUUUGAUUUAGGUGCUCAUAUCCAAGUUUCAUGUAAAAAAGUCGAUCAGGCAGAGUCUUAUAUACUUCAAUCUUGUCAGAUUCACUCGACAUUGAUUGUUAUGAACGUCGCUAUAUAAUUUUAUUAUUUGUUGUUCUUCUAUGUACUAAUAUAGGAAUUGUUAAAUAAUGUAACAUAAUGUGAUUAUUAUUGAUACCUAAUCGAAAAUAUUACAACAAAUUUGUUUGUAUUAAAUAAAUUAUUAUUAUUAUUA